AUGCAGAUUAAAGAUACGGCUAUGAAAUUCUCUGGUGCUUAUAAACAGUGCAAGCCAUGCACUGGUUCCUCUGGCAGACCCAUGAAGAAAGGACAUAGACCGUUCCCAAAUUUUGACAAUGCUUCUGAAGGGUCCCAAAAAAUGAUUGGGACGGACCUGGACUUAACAAACUCCUCUCACCAUCCAGCCGGGCGGUCAGAGUCAAAAUUCACUUCAGUCUAUGGAAACGACCGGGAAUCUAUCUCGGCUCAGUUUUGUGAUGUGCUAGAUGAUGAAGGGCAUACAGAGUGGAUGGCUCAAGUAGAACCAGGUGUACAAAUCACAUUCGCUUUGCUUCCCAGUGGAGGAAACUUGCAGAACAUUGCUAGACUUAAUGUCUCAAGCGUCCGCCAAGCUCUUCAAACGCCUGCAAGAUCCGAUGACCAUAGAGAUUCAACUUACUCGAAGAUAGAAUCAGCGAGAGAGAGCAAAGAUUGGACUCGCAGACACAACUUCAGACCCCCAAGAGCCAAUGUUCCUCAUCACUUGUAUGGUGGCUCUAGCAACUAUGGUCAUCAUGGAGAACCUACAAUGGAUGCAGCAGCACGAACUACCACCUCUUCAAACGAUGAACCACUUUCAAUGAGCAAUGCUAGUGAAAUGCACGGUGAGUGGAUCGAAGAGGACGAGCCUGGCGUUUACACUACCAUUAGACAAUUAUCGGAUGGGACGAGAGAGCUACCCGGGAACGAUUUGGGGAAAUGCACGCAAAGACGUGGUGGGAUCAGAACAAAAAGAGAAUACAAACCCAAUGCCUCUAGCAACAGAGAAAUAUGA